UCAUUAAUAAUUCCCCAGCAAGGGAGGCUGAUGCUGGCAACCGGAUGCACUCAGUCUGAAAAAACUCAUGUGACUUUGCCCUCCCAAGAAGAUAAGCCUUUCUUGUCGCUGGGAGCUGGUAAGACAAAAAAGGAACUGAAAGUUUUUUGAGAGAGAGAUCCAACAGCUGUGGUAAAUCAGCAUUUAUCUAUUGACUUCAAUAUGCUAAUUUACCCCAGGUAGAGAUCCUGCUUCCUUGAUUCCCAUAGAGUUGUCCUGGAUUAUAUGAUUUAUAUGAUUUUCCUCUGCACUGGAAAGUGUUGCUUCACAGGAGCGCGCCGGUCCAGAUCUCCAGCUACCAUCAACCCACUGGACUUGCUGGGGUGGACCCUCAGUGUGGGUGAACAUCGCUGAAGUCUGGGGAGUUACUUAGAUUCACAGCAGCUGAGCAUCUACCCCCCAUAUUUAGAGAGCUACACAAUGGCGACUGAAAUGAAACAGGCUCAAGCUGUAGCAAAACUGGAGGUGAACCACCAAGAAGUAGACCAGCUGGGAGAGAAGUUUGAGCUGCUGAUGGAGCCCAAAGCCAACUGGGAGAAAUUCCUCAUGCCAGCACCCAUUUCUGUUGCCACCCUGGGAGAACUGGUGAUCAAGUCCAUGGAGGAGGAUGACUUCCAUUUCUCCAAGGACUUCCCCAAGGAAUGGCUGAAGUACAUGAAAGGAACAGAGACCUUCAGGACUUGUCUAUAUGAAGUGAGUCAACGAGGAUGGAAAGCCUUCAACAAUGCCAAUAGCAACACAGUCAUGAUCAACAUGUGGUUUGAAUGCUUCUCAGAGAUGAUGGAAGGAGUUAUCCAGGGGGCUCUGGUAGGAAGGGAAGAGCUCCAGACUGACAGAGAGGAAGCUGAGGCCUGCAAGUUCACCGCUCAGGAGACCAAGGAGCAGUUCUUGGACUCAAUAAAUUACCUCCAGGAGCUGCUGCAAGUUUGGUCUAAGGCCAAGUUAAGCUUUAAUGAAGAGUUAAAGGCUGUGCAGAGAGAAUGGGAGCAGGCUACAGGGCAGGAGAAAAUAAUAAAGCAGGAUGUCACCCAUGCAAAGAAGAACCAAGAGUGGCAGGAAAAGCAGGAGGAAGGAGCUAUCAGUCAGUUGAAGGCCAUCCGGACCUCCUGUCCCUUGGCUAUGAAGGAGGAAGACAACUCAGAAAUAGAGCAACAUAGGAAAAGACUGGUAGACAUCCAGGAGAGGUAUGAGGGCAGCUGUGAAACCCUCAUUCAGCUGACAGAGACAUGCAAGGAAACUGAGAAAACCAGGAUGAAACUUGAGUUUGCAGAAAGGGAGUUGGAGGCCAAGGUUGUCUCUCUGGGCCAUGGACUGGAGGCACUAGGGAGGGUGAAGGAGCAGUGGGAGAAGAUGGUGAGUUUCUUCCAGAUGAUCUCCCACUUGAUAGACUCCUGCCUCAACUGGAUCAAGGACUAUUUAGGCUCUGCUGAAGACAAACAGCACAUCAACCAGGCGUUUGAAACUUUCAGUGUGGCUCACCUGGGACAGGUGAUGUCAGAGACCUACACCAAGAUAAAUGGGAAGAGCCCAUCUGUCCUCAGCCAAGCAAAAGAAAUCCUCUGUCUGGACUGUUCUGAUGCUCAUUUCAGCUCUAAGAAAGCGGAGCUAGACAAAGCCUGUGAGGCCCAGAAGGCCCAAUCCCACCUGGUGCUGGAAAUGAGGGAGAAAUUUAAAAAGAAGUUAAGUAAAGUGGAGGAGAAGAUCAAGAGGUAAAAGCUCACACUAACUUCAUGAGAAGGAGAUGAAGGUUUGUGUCCCAAUCGGGUCUGAGCUACUGGCCCAAACCAGGCAGAGCUUCACAAUCAAGCAACUGAAAGUUUCCACCUCUUCCUUCUGGAUUAUUUUCUUCUUGAAUGUCCCAAGUAGUUGCUGUCUCAAAGCUCCUCCUCCAUGAAAGUUGUGUUCAUUUCCACACCAACUCUCUUGGGAUACAGGAACUAGAGGGCCCCCAAGGUCUCAUCUCAUCUACUCCUAUCAAUCCCCACUGCUGAAUUGUUCCAUUCAGGCUAUAGCCCUAGGGUUUUAGCUUUCAGUGCCCCAGGGGAUGCAAUUCCCAUUCAUAGAUUCAUAGAUGUUAGGGUCGGAAGGGACCUCAAUAGAUCAUCGAGUCCGACCCCCUGCAUAGGCAGGAAAGACUGCUGGGUCUAGAUGACCCCAGCUAGAUGCUCAUCUAACCUCCUCUUGAAGACCCCCAGGGUAGGGGAGAGCACCACCUCCCUCGGGAGCCCGUUCCAGACCUUGGCCAUUCUAACUGUGAAGAAGUUCUUCCUAAUGUCCAAUCUAAAUCUGCUCUCUGCUAGCUUGUGGCCAUUAUUUCUUGUAACCCCUGGGGGCGCCUUGGUGAAUAAAUCCUCACCAAUUCCCUUCUGUGCCCCCGUGAUGAACUUAUAGGCAGCCACAAGGUCGCCUCUCAACCUUCUCUUGCGGAGGCUGAAAAGGUCCAGGUUCUCUAGUCUCUCCUCGUAGGGCUUGGUCUGCAAGCCCUUAACCAUACGAGUGGCCCUUCUCUGGACUCUCUCCAGGUUAUCCACAUCCUUCUUGAAGUGCGGCGCCCAGAAUUGCAUGCAGUACUCCAACUGCGGUCUGACCAGUGCUCGAUAGAGGGGAAGUAUCACCUCCUUGGAUCUAUUUGUCAUGCAUCUGCUGAUGCACGAUAAAGUGCCAUUCAUUUUCUUCUCAGUCAGAGGACCCAUCAAAGAUAGCAGCCUCCACAUCUCUUUCCAAAAGCAAGAUGGGAACUGGGGGCCACAAUCCAAAAUGAUAUAAUUUGGAAGACUGUAACUGAAAAACAUGUUAUACUAGAGAACUGACCAUAGUCCUUGCAGAUGGAAGCUGGACACAGGGCAGGAAAUAGGUCGUUUUUGAUCAUGUCUCCAUGAGACGCUGACUGCACAGUUGUUACUGCACCGUCAUUUAGUACUUGUAUAAACAAGUACUAAAUGAUGGUGCAGUAACCAGAGUUACUGUGCAGUAGCAUCACCAGAUGGCUUUUAGGUGAUGCUGACUGAGCAGUAGCUGACUGCUCCAUGUCACGCUUCCUACCACACAACGCUAUUGCACAGUAGUAACAAGCUACUGUGCAGUCAGCAUCUCGUGUAUAUGCAGCCUUUGUUAACCAGUCUACCAUGGCAAUAAUGGUGUCCUAGCCCUUGGAGGUUCAUAGCUCCACUUUAAGUCCAUGGUAAUAGGAGCUGAAGGGCUUGAGGGUAUUUCUGUGGGUAUGAAGAGCUUGAAAGAUUCCUGAAGGGGAGUCUUGUGGAAUCCAUUGCCUCAGCAGAUAGCCUAGCCACGUUCAAAAAGGGAGUGGGUAAAACCAUGGAGGAAAGAUCUAAUCAUUGCUGUUGAACAGAACAGUUGGAGAUGUGUCCUCUGGCAUCUCUAACCCAAUAACUGGUGGAUGACAGGGAGGGUAUUGAAUAGGGCAUAGAUCACUCUAGAAAUAUCUGGUUCACUGAUCUCUGUGUACAGCCACUGUCAGAGACAGGAGACUGCACUAGAUGGACCACUGCUCUGACCCAAUACGGCAUUUCUUAUGCUCUUGUGUCUUGGGGUAGCUGCAAAAAAUGCAAGAUCGGACCCAAGUUCAUAGAGAGGUCCUCAUCCAGGGUCACCAGGAUGACAGGACUGUAUCAAAAGUCUUCUUCUUUUGGCCAAAGUGCUCUUUCUCAAAGUGUAUUGUGUUACUGUCAGAGAGUUUCCAGACAGAGGGAUCCUUCAAGGAGGUACCAUCAGUGCUGUGGACACAAGAGUUCUUCUUUUCAGAUAUAGGGAAGUCUCAAGGAACUCUGAUGCUCUUGUAUGGGCAUCUGGAGUCACUGGACAUAGUUAUACAAGGGAACCUCUGAAGUGGGAUUGUAUUUGGGGCAGCUGGGUCUGGUCUGGGCUCUUGUGUAUAAUACUUACCCUUCUGAGACAAGGAAUCCACUUUUCCAUGUUUCCUCUGUAGCCAGUACAUUACUGUGAAUAAAAAGCAGAAAAGGAAGAGGACCCAGCAUCAUUGAUGAGCAUCCAUUGAUGAGAAAAUCAUAACCGGGGUGGGGGCACCAAUCAGAUUGCUCCUUCACUUAGAUGGACUUGUUAAUCAAUGAAUCGGUUUAAUUUUUUUUGCAGAUCCCCCGCCCCCCCCCCCCCCCCCCCAAGAUCAAAGUGUAAUUGGAAACCUGGUUAUCAGUGAGGUGUUCCAGGGAGUACAUGAGGAAAUGUAAGUGGCAUUGGUUGAAGAAGCCACAUGAUACUUCUCUGAAACCAUUAUACCCCUCAGGUAUGGGUAGUCAAGGUAUUACAUUAGUACUGGAAGCAAAAACGGUAUUCUGGACAGUGUUAGACUCCCUGAUCUGGGAUGGCAAAUCUUGAUUUUCUUCCUGUAGUUGGUUUACCAGGGCAUGGUAGCUCUGAGUUGCCAGCUAUAGGUGGGCAACGUGUCCAGAGAUUGCAUGUGGUCUCAGACAACUGGAAUAGAGUGGAUUUGUAGGCACCUGUAGCAGUCAGCCUUACUGGAUUGCAGCAAGCCAUGAUUUUACUGGAGUGAAAGCCAAGGUCAAAUCCAGGUAUCAAGCUGAGGGUUGAGAUGAAAUCGUGGUCAAAGCAAGCAGUAGAUCAGGGCCAGGACAGCCAGUAGAGGGACAGGAGCAAGCAUGAGGGUCCAAGGGCCAAGGCAGUACAGGAAGUGGGCAGGUUUCAUAGCCUUCCCAGGUCCCCCAGUUGUCUCAGGCUGAGUUGGGGCUGGCAUGGUGCUAUGGUGUAGAUUUCUUCCUGUGGGUGUGGAAGAUGUGGGGUCAAAUCCUGGGGGUUGUGACUCUGCAUUCUGUAGCACUGAUCCAAUACAUCAGUUAUGACUGCUAUGAAGCCAGGUACCUGGUGUUAUCUAUCUGUAAUAGAUUGCUCAAAACCAGGCUUGGAUCCCUCUGUACUCAGCCACUUCUGUUCUGGGCCCUUUGGCCUCAGGGUUACAGGUUACCUAUUGCAAAUGAGCUGUGAUGGGACGUGCAUCGGGCCUCACUCUGCUCAGGGCAAUGGGAGUCCAGGAUCUCAAGAGUAUCAUACAGAAGUACGGUGGGAAGGGACCUCCAGAGGCCAUGUAGUUCACCUCCCUGCCUGAGGCAAGAUCAGUCUUAUCCAAACUACCCUAUACAGACAAAUUAAUUGCCUAACCUCUUAGCAAAACUAUACAGUCAACUCUGACACAACAGAAGUCAUAAUGCCCUAACCUGCAUCAGGUAAAGCAGUGGGAGCCACAGUGGUCAAUGUCCUGCAGCUGCAGAUGUUGUUAAUAUAUGCUUAAGAGAUCCCAGGAAGAGGACCUCAUUCCCACCUACAGACAGUCCAUAACAGUCUGGGUGUGGGGUAAAAUUCCUUCCUGACCCUAAAUAUGGUGAUUGGUCUGACCCUGAGCAAGGGGGAAAGACCCUCUGGCCAGGAACCUCUGGGCUUUAGUCCCAGCAGGAGCACCGGCACAGCCCAGUAUGAAUCCCCAGCAUUGGCUGCAGCCAACACCUAACGCAUCUGAGGAAGGUGAAGUCUCCCAUGCCCCACCCCCACGACAUGUGAAACAGGAGGAGGGGAAAAAAUCACUUCCAGGCCCCAUGUGAAAACCAGUUAUGUAAAAUACUACCCCCCUUUUUUUUCUCGCACAGCCUAGGCCUGAUGGGUCUGUGUCUGGUUUUCUUUGGAAAUGAUGGUAAGUUUCCCCUGUGUGAUCAUUGUUGCCACCUUGCCACUUUGGGUGACCCUGAAUGACCAGGGUAAGGCCAGUGUCCCUGGGAAGGACCAACUGGCCUACCAGCACCUUGUUGGAGAUAAAAAAGAAACCAUCAAUCUCCAGGGUUUCCAGUCCAGUACUUCCCUUGAAAGAAGUUGUCAUUUGAAAGCUCAAGACAUCACGGGAAAUAUUUCUGAUUGCAGUCACAGUUUACCACCCACUCUCCAGACCGCAAGGACCCAAAGCUCUUUCGAAGCAUUUGAAAUUCGGAAUACCUCGGGCCCCUCUGCUAACCAUCUGCAGUCAUGGGAGGUAUAGGAUUUUGAAAAGGGGGGUGCGUGUGGUGUGAUGCAUCAUCACAUAGAACAUGAAACAUUUUUCUCUCGAUAAAAAAGGAACUAGACACUUUGCUAGGGGCACAGGGCUGUAUUAUUUCAUUUAAGAUCAAGGAAAACAAAAAUAGAGAACAUUACUGGAAUAUGCGUUCAUUUGCUAUUUCUGUCUGUCCCCUCAUGGACAAAGCCCCUUUCACAAGACUCUGACUCUGCAGCUGUCCUAACUGCCAGUCCAUCUUCCCACAGUCCUACUUUCCAGACUCUUACCCCUUCCAUAGCCUUGAGUGUCCCCUCACAAAGCAUGCCCUGUUGCCAUGGGCAGAUGUAAGAUUUUGAAAUGGGAGUAUAGAAUGGACCAUGCAGUGGAAAGAAAGAUGGCUGGAUCAUUGGUUGCCAAUGGCUUGAUGUCUAGUUGGCAGCUGGUAUCAAGUGCAGUGCCCCAGCGGUUGCUCCUGGGCCUGAUUUUGUUCAAUAUCUUCAUUAAUAAUCUGGAAGAUGGCAUGGAUUGCACCCUCAGCAAGUCUGUGGAUGACACCAAGGUGAGGGGAGUAGUAGAUACACUGGAGAGUAGGACUAGGAUUCAGGGACCUUGACAAAAUGGAGGAUUGGACCAAAAGAAAUCUCAUGAAGUUCAACAAGAAGAAGUUCGAAGUCCUGCGCUUAGGAUGAAACAAUCUCAUGUACCGGUGCAGGCUGGGGGCUGAUUGGCUAAGCAGCAGCUCUGCAAAAAAGGACCUGGGGGCUACACUGCACAAUAAGCUGAACAUGAGCCAACAGUGUGCCCCUGUUGCUAAGACUAACCACAUACUGGGCUGCAUUAGUGGGAGUGUUGCCAGCGGCCCAAGGGAAGUGCUUCUUUCCCUCUAUUUGGCACUGAUGAGGCCACAUCUGGAGUACUGUGCCCGGUUUUGGGUGCCCUACUACAGAAAGGAUACGGACAAAUUGGAGAUAGUCCAGUGGAGGGCAAUGAAAAUGGUUUGGGGGCUGGGACAUAUGGCUAAUGAGGAGAAGCUGAGGGAACUGGGCUUAUUGAAUUUGGAGAAGGGAAGACUGAGGGGGGAUUUAAUAAGUUUAAGUUAGACAUUACAAAAAAAAUUCACUAGCAGGGUAGUAAGCACUGGAACAGACUAUGAAGAAACCCUGCUUUUUGGCUGCCUCCCUGCUCUGAGUCUGCCCAGCCCCACUCUGUUUUCAAACUCUGGCUGCUGGAUCCACCUGGGCAAGCUAAGUGACUGGCUUGUAAAAAUUCCAGGGGGAGAGGGGAGCUCGCUUUUCCUUUGUCCUGAGUUUCCCGCUGAACAACCUGUGUGACACUGGUCGCUCCACCUGGGGAUGCUGAUGACUUUUACAAGGAUUGGUCUGCAUCAUCUGGGUUCAAACUGCUUGUUUCUGGUUGGAGCGAGGUGAUCAGGCCAGAAAAGUUAUUUAAAGGUCAGGUCACCUGGUCUGAGGGGGCGUCCUCCAGCAGACAUUUUUCUGGAAACACACAGAAGCUUGGGCCUCCAGAAUCCUCUGGGUGUAUCUGUAAGUAGCCUACUUGAAAUUUAUCCAGUAAAGUAGGGUAAUGUAUCUUUAGCUGCAUGUAAAAAGGGCCAACAGGCCCAUUAUGUUUUGCUCAAGGUGUUUUUCUCUAAAAUGUCUUUGCUCUAUCACCCCCCAUUCUCUCUCUCACUCUCUCCAACCAAUAAAUCCUAUCUGUUACAGCUUGCAAGGCUGAGUUCUUGAGAGAGGAAGGGAGUGAGCAGCCUUUUUGCUCUUUUUGCUUGGCUGAGCUGAGGGGAGUUUAACACAGUCCCACCUGAGUUUAUUCUGGAUGGCUCCUGGCCAUAAGAAGCACCCAGAGAUAUUACCAAGGGCCAAAACACCCCCGAGGUCUGCUGGGUCUCUAUACCCUGGGCUGCACAGAACCAUGAGACCAGAGCCUGGGUGGUGGCAGCGACUACCCCAGGCUUGUGGGUGUCCUCCAGGAAGGGGGUCAGCCAAGCGUAGAUGCCCCCAGGGAGACACCUGAACUGUGAUUUUGGUUGGGCACAGGAAGGCAGGUGGUUCAGUGUAGUAGCACCCCUUACUGUUCCGUCACACAGGCUACCCAGAGGGGUGGUGAAAUCUCCAUCCUUAGAGGUUUUUAAGAUCCUGGUAGACAAAGCCUUGGCUAGGACGAUUUAGUAGAGGCUCGUCCUUCUUUGAGCAGGGUGUUGGACUAGGUGACUUCUUGACGUCCUUUCCAACCCUGAUUUUCUAUGAUUUUGUGCUGCAGUUUUAUACAUCUUGAGAGCAAAUGGGCAUGAUGAUGCCAUAACAGCCCUGAAUCAUGGAAAAGUAGGGUGGAAAGGGACUUCAGGCGGUCUCUUUUGUCCAAUUCCCUGCUUACUGUCUAUACCAUAGAAGCAUAGGGUUAGAAGAGACCAUUAAGGCAUGGGCAUUGGAUGUUGACAAGGGGGGUGUAGAUGGCCUGGUACAUCACCAUAUAGAGCUCAAGACAUUUUUCUCUAGGUAAAAAAAAACUAGAAGUUUUGCUAAUGUGCUAAGGGCUUACAGCUGUGUUAUUUGGGUUAUGAUUCAGGCAAAAAUCUUUAAUGGAACAUGAAUUAAUUUGCUAUUUCAUAAAUUAUGUACAAUACUAAAAGUAAGUAGGCAUAAAUAAUCAAAAGCUGUCAUUUUAUUAGUCCUGUAGCCAUUCAAAUGAAAUGUCCAUCUCAUUCUGAUUCAUAAAGCACAAUCUAGCCUUCUGGAGCAUCUUGACAAUGCCUCCAAUUUUUCCCUGAAAAUUAUUUCCACCCCUGAAUUGAUGUUCACCGAAGUUAAAAUGUCCAUCCCUGAAUUCAUGUCUUUUGCUGGGUUAAAAACAGGGUGCAGGGCUGUGAAAUAGUAUUUGGUGAUAAGGAGCAGCUCACAGACAGGAGAAUUGCAGAAGAAGGGUGCAAGUAUGGAAGACCAUUAAAAAGGAGACAGGGUCCUUAACACUUGUGGAAUAAAGGGAUUAGAAGAGUGCUUCCCAAACUUUUCCUCAGUAUAACCCCAUGCAUGGCCCCAUUUCCUCAGCAGAGCCCCUCACUCCUAACCCACAGCCCCCUACCCCUGCGACCCCAUUCACUGAUGUUGCAACCCCCAUUUGGGAGCUGCUGGAUUAGAAGGAACCAGGUUGACUAUAAUGAGCCAUGAAGCCAAUUGAUUCCCUCAGUGCUGCCUGACUAGAAAUGCUGCUGCUACUGCAGGCAGUUGGUUUUAAAUGCUAGGUAGAGGGGAAUGAAAGUGGGGUACAACUGCACCAUUUCACCCACCUGGAUCUGUCCAUGGCUGCAGCUAGAAGCAUUGGCCACACACCUGGGGCCUGCCCUGGCUAGAAAAUCCCUGCUCCAGGGCAAAGCAAAGCACAGGUGAGACAAGUUAGGAAAAUAUUUCAGAUAGAUGCAGGUUGGCUUGUACAUGCCAAGGCAGGAUGUCUGACACCUGUAUCCAAAGCAGUUGGCAACAGCCUCAGUCAGAGACAGGCCUGGGCAGAUGCCUGGGCAGGCGUCUUUGGCUAGUGGGUUUUUUCUGCCUCUGUAGUAGGGGCACAGCCCUUUUCUUUGGAGCUCUCCAGGGCAUGUUAACAAAACUUGCAGCAGCUGGACACUGCCAGCCCUCACCCCCUUCUUUACGUGGGACAGGUUUGCAUGCUCUGCAGGUCUUUGGGCAAUGGGCCCUGUAGUUGUGCAACAGGGGUGAUUGUGUGCUAUUAGGAACAGGUCAGAUAAGGACGUGUCUGGGGUAGUUUGCAUAGGGAUGAUCCUGCCUCAAGCAGGGGGUUGGGCUAGACGCAACCACCAGAGAUCCCUUCCAGACCUACAUUUCUGUGACUCUGUACACUUUCUUCCUCCAAUUACAACAGCCUCAAAUACUCCCUUGCAGCUCAUCUGCACAUCUCCAGAGCCAAAUACACAAUACAGUAAUGACAAGCAAAAGAAUAGCAAUAAUAAUGUAGGAUACCUUCACAUCUGACUCCCCAGGCUGCUGGUCAUGAUCUCAGACAGCAGAAGGGGCAUCUCUGGUGCUUUCAAGCACUCAUGGAGUUUGAAACCAUGCACAGAGCCAGGGCUGGUGCCUUGUGUCCCAGCUGAGUGAAAAGGCAGAGAAGAAAGGCCUGAGAAACAUGGGCCUUGAAUUGGUGUCCCUGACUGUAACCAGCCCUGGAAGCAGCAUUGUCACCAGCAUGUGGUGGGCCACAACCCACCACACACAGCCCAGGGAGAUGUCAGCCUGUACCUUCACAGACAGAGCCCUGUUCUCCCAGAUGCUGCCCCGCCAUGGCCCUUACCGCCUGUCUGUCCCCUCAAAGACAAGGCCCAGUGAUGCCAGUCCAUGUCCCCAUGGAUGAAGCUCCAUUCUUCUAGAUCCUACCCAACAAUAGCCCAAACUGUCCAUCUGUUCCCUCACAGACAAAGUCUGGUACAUUCACAACCGUCCACCUUCGUGGCCCUGAUGAACUGCCCAUCUCUCUCUCUCUUCCUUAAUAAUAUCCCUCACUUGGUCCAACACUGCUGUUCCUAUUCCCAUUCCCACCAUUUCCUGCCCCCCACAGGCUCUGUUUCCCCCUCUUCCUCCCUUGCAGUCAAAUAAAAAGACAAACAAAAGUUAGGGAUUAUUAACACAGGAAUAAACAAAUUAGAAAGUAUCAGGAUGGCCCUUUAUAAACCCAUGCUGCCUCCAGACUGCACCCAGUUCUGGUUCUCGUGCAUCAAAAAGUUUAUAGAGAAAAUAGAGACGGUCCAGAGAAGGGCAACAAGGAUGAUGGAGGGGCUUUCUUAAGAGGGGAGACUAAAGAGGCCAGGCUUCUUUAAUUUAGAAAAUAGAAACUUGAGGAGAAACAUGAGAAGGGCAUACAGAAUACUAACUAGUGGAGAGAAAGUCAAUAAGGAUGUACUAUUGACUCUUUCUCUGUAUGCAAAAACUAGGGGUCACAACAAAAAAACUAGUAGGGAGUACAUUUAACAAGAGCAAAAGGAAGUACUUUUUCAUCAUAAUCAGAUAAUUCAGGUCUGGGACUUGCUGUCACCAGAUGUGGUGGAUGCUGAGAGUUUAACCAUAUUCACAAAGGGAUAAUCCCUUCGGAAAUGUUUUUGCAAAAAUCUUGUUGGUCUAAUAAAAGAUAUCAUCUCUACUACAAGUCCUGAAUUGCCUUUUCCUUUCGACCAAUACAGCUACAACCUGGAUACCUGACACAUGGAAGAUAUCAAAUUUUAGCUGAUUUUUAAAAAUGAAAUCUUCAUAUUUUCCCAAGCAGGAAGUAGCUGUGACCACCUGAAACCGGAGAUCCUGCUCCUGCCUUUGUCUCAAGGUAAUUUGCAUCAUCACAGAUCCUCACAGGAGGUGACAGGCUCCAUACCAGUGAUGAAUUGCCUGCCCAGAGGAGUUUUCCAUCUACUGACACCUCUGUGAAAUCCUAUGAAAUAUGAACAUUCAUUUCUACCCAGGAGAACUUUUACAAUCUUUUCUCCGAUGCCUGAUGAAGGGUGUUUGUGCCCAAAAGCUUGCAGUUAAAGACAUUUUUGGCAAAAAUCUUGUUGGUCUAAUAAAAUAUAUCAUAUCUAC